CCUCCUCUUGUUCCUUUUGUCAUGGUCAGGACCCCUUCAAGGACAGCAGCACCACCUUGUGGAGUACAUGGAACGCCGACUAGCUGCCUUAGAGGUGAGGGACUGCUUUCUCCUGUAGCCCAGCCGGGAAGGACUCCACGGCUUGUGUUAAUUCAACCGAUUUGUCAGGCAUCUGGGGUGACAGGAUGGGAGGCUGCAAGAACCUACAGAAAAGUCUAUCCUGACGAGUGAAUCCUCCAUGUAGAGGUCCUCUCCUGCCGCACAGAGCAAUUCUAAAGCAAACAGACCCGUUGGGAUUAGGUGGGGGAAGGGGACAACGAGGAAACGGGAGCCAGGAUUGGGGUGCUGGAGGAGCAGAUGAUUCUGCUGAAGUGGAGUUUCCCAGGGAAUCUGCAGCUUGCUGCCUUUGAAAGCAUUGUCAUGGCUGUAACAUCCUAGUCCCUGCAAGAACUGGAUGGGGCAGGAGGGACCCCUCUCCAGCGGGUGGGGAGGCUGGGGUAGGCUCGGAACCAAGGUGAGGCCGGGCUGGCCUGUUUGCACACUUAACACCUCUGGACAUCUGGUUUCCUUUUCUGUUGGGAGUGGAUGGGCUGUCAAAGACUGGCUCAAGUUUGUUCUUUUUCACAUUCCUGACUCCCUUGCUUGGGCCUCCCCACUCCUGCAUGGGACUUGUAAUCCUGCAGCUCUUUCUCUCCCGAUCCCUCCGUCCCUUCAGGAGCGCCUGGCCCAGUGCCAGGACCAGAGCAGUCGGCACGCCGCCGAGCUGCGGGACUUCAAGAACAAGAUGCUGCCGCUGCUGGAAGCGGCGGAGAAGGAGCGGGAGGCGCUCAGAACCGAGGCUGACACCAUCUCCGGGAGGGUGGACCGUCUGGAGCGGGAGGUUGACUAUCUGGAAACCCAGAACCCAGCUCUGCCCUGUGUGGAGCUGGAGGAGAAGGGGACUGGAGGCCCUGAGGCCAAAGGCAAGGGCAGAAGAAAUGAGAAGUAUGACAUGGUAACAGAUUGCGGCUACACCAUCUCCCAGGUGAGAUCCAUGAAGAUCCUGAAACGGUUCGGUGGCCCGGCUGGUCUGUGGACCAAGGACCCGAUGGGGCCAACUGAGAAGAUAUACGUGUUAGAUGGGACGCUGAAUGACACAGCCUUUGUCUUCCCAAGGCUGCGGGACUUCACCUUGGCCAUGGCAGCCCGGAAGGCAUCCCGAGUGCGAGUGCCCUUCCCUUGGGUGGGCACUGGGCAGCUGGUAUAUGAUGGCUUUCUGUAUUACGCCCGGAGGCCUCCUGGAGGGCCUGGAGGGGGCGGUGGGUUGAACACUUUGCAGCUCAUCAAAUUCCACCUGGCCAACCGAACUGUGGUAGACAGCUCGGUGUUCCCAGCAGAGGGGUUGAUACCCCCAUAUGGGCUCACAGCAGACACCUACAUCGACCUGGCAGCUGACGAGGAGGGCCUGUGGGCCGUCUACGCCACCCGCGAGGAUGACAGGCACCUGUGUCUGGCUAAGUUGGAUCCACAGACACUAGACACAGAGCAGCAGUGGGACACACCGUGUCCCAGGGAGAAUGCCGAGGCUGCCUUUGUCAUCUGUGGAACCCUCUACGUCGUCUAUAACACACGCCCUGCCAGUCGAGCCCGCAUCCAGUGCUCCUUUGAUGCCAGUGGUACCCUCACCCCUGAACGGGCGGCACUCUCUUACUUUCCCCGUCGAUACGGUGCACAUGCCAGCCUCCGCUAUAACCCCCGGGAGCGCCAACUCUAUGCCUGGGAUGAUGGCUACCAGAUUAUCUAUAAGCUGGAGAUGAGAAGGAAAGAGGAGGAAGUCUAAGGAGCUGGUGUGGGUUCUGGAUUCCCUCUCACAUCCCCUCCUUUUUAUUUUAGCCCAUGGGAGGCCAGGUUUUUCAUAGCUCCCACUGUGUCAGAUGAAACUCCAGAUACCAAGGCAUCAUUUCAGAGCUAACAGUCAAAAUUCUGAAAGUUCACUCCUGCUCUUCUGCUCCAUGCCCUACCAUCUUGGGCCUGUAAAUAACCCAGACCCAGCAAGUGGCACCCUGUUCUUGCUCUUUGUGUGACUUCGGGGAGAGCAGAAGAAAAAAAAAAGACUUAACAUUCCCCUCCUCCCUUUCUCUAUUUUUUGUUGCAAUAGUUUGCAUUAAAAGGAAAACCCA